CGUGUUUGCGGUAGUCGUCAGAUCAAAAUCGACAUCAACUUGUCGACGGUCGCGCGGAGUGCCUUCGCGUCAAUCGUCUCGUCUUCUUCCUGCAUCUCGCCUUUCCUUGUUGUCCUGCUGUGGGGAGUGGCACUAUCUGAUACAGAGAGAUGAGAAGACGACGCGAUACGAUGCUGCGUCUUUUGUUGAAUCUUCUCCUAGUCAUCCCGUUACUUAAAUUAGCCAGCGCGGGUGGACAUGGAGGACACAAGCAUGUGGUAAUUCAUGUGCCGUAUAAGGUCAAAACUAUCCAUCACACGCACACGAUUACGAAGCAUAUACAUCAUGGCGGUGGUGACAAAUAUGAGGUACUUGGAUAUACUGUGGGCCAUCCAAUUGAUCUUGGAAGUCAUGGAGGUGGUUUAGAAGGUCACGACUUCGGCGGUGGUGGCGGUGGCGGGGGACACGAUUUCAGUGGCGGCGGAGAUGGUGGGGGGCACGAUUUCGGAGGUGGCGGCGGUAGUCACUUAGAUUUUGGCGGUGGUGACCACUUAGAUUUCGGAGGCGGAGGCGGAGGUGGAUUUGGAGGCGGCAGUCAUGACCACUGGUCAGGUCGUUAGAAAAAAUCUUUGCGUGUACAUGAUUGACUUGCUGUUCUUGCAAAACGCAAAAGUUCGCCUUAAGGUAAUCAACAUGUUAGCCUUGGAAAAUCUAAUGAAAAAUUUGUAAAGAAUUGUGUGAACAAUUUUGUAAAAAGUCUUGUAAUGAAUAUCGUGAAAAUUAUAAAAUUGUCUUUAAAAGAAAACUCAAAAACUACAAUUAAAUGUAGAAAAUAUUGUGUGUAUAUGUGCAAAAUUUUAGAUAUGCAAGAACGUGCAAAAUUUAUUCAAUAUUCCAUAUCUAUAUCAAAAGAGGUAUAUAAUAUAAUGUAAAAGGGCGCAGUAAAAAAACUCGAUGCACUUACAACAAUCUUUUUAUCUAAACUGCAGGAAUUCAAAGCGAAAAUUUAGUACUCGUCAAUAUAUGUAUACUUCAGAGAGUUGAAUUCUCCCUGUGCACGACACUUCAGCAUCGGUGCUGACGAACAACUUAAUUUCGCAUUUAUGGUAUACCUAUCUAUAAUAAUAUGAAAAAAUUAUAGAUUGCACCGAUGCAUUUAGCAAAAAUUAUGACUGAUGCGUCCCGAUUGAUCAUUCGUCCCUUUAGUCUCUUUUGAAAAGCUACCGGAUGUCUUCCUUACUUUUAUCUCUAGUCUGAGUCUUUUGUUAAAUCCUCGACAUGUCCUUCGAGCACAAUGUAUGUAAAUAUUGUUAUUC